GGCUGUCAAUGUCAUUGUAACUUUGUCUUGAACAAGAAAAACAUACCGUCUACGGGUGCAUAAUGUCGGCAUCUCAACUAAUUUUGAUAGGAAUUCGCCACAGUAGUUAGUUGUGUGAGCGAAAAGCAAUAAUUUGAUUCAAAGUUUCGAUUUUGAAUUUUUCUUGCAAACGUUUCAUCUCGGGAGCUUUGGAAGACGAACUAUCCGCAGCAGAGAGCCAACAAAAACCUUAGACACAGUAUUAAGAUGUAUUUCGACGGAUAUGUGUAUCAUGGAACCUCAUUUGAGCAGACAUAUCGAUGUUACCCUUCAUCCUUUAUCGAUAAGGAUAAUUGGCCUUCUGUGAUGUUUGCAAUGGCAGGAGGGGUCGUACUUAGCCUUGGAAAUCUCUCAACUCAGUAUGCUUGGGCUUUUGUUGGCUUAUCAGUCACAGAAGUGAUCACUGCAAUCAUAACAGUUGUUAUAGGAACAACCUCGAAUUACUUUUUAGACAAUAGAAUUAAUAGAGCCGAGAUCUUUUUCCCUGGCGUUGGUUGCUUCUUGGUUGUAGUUUGCCUUGCUUCUACUGUCCACUCAUCUAAUGCAGCUAAUAAUAAAGAAAAGCUUGAAUGUUUUUCAUCUAAAGAGGGGUAUGUUUCAUUCAUUAAAUGUUAA